GCAAUCACACCUUUGAAACUAUAGGUCUUGCCUUUACUGUGAAAAACCUAGAGCAGAAAACAAAAGGUUCCUGUUGAAGACAACCUCCACCACUGCAGAGCAGAGCUUCAUUCCUUUCGUUUUCACUUGACCAGCAACAUUUCCUGGAAAAGAUGGCCCCUAAUAUGGUGAUUCAGAAUAUGUCCUUUAGACUUGGACAAUCCAUGGCCAUUGUUGGAACUGUUAAACCCAAUGCUGCCAAUUUCUCUGUGAAUAUUGGUUACAAUGAUCAGAACAUUGCCUUGCACCUGAAUCCCCGUUUUAAUGCCUUUGGAGACAGAGACACGAUCGUCUGUAACUCUCAGCAACAAGGCAGGUGGCAGCAGGAGGUUCGGCCUGGGGGCUUUUGUUUCCUCAGAGGAGAGAACUUCAAGAUCAUCAUUAAAUUGACCUCUACAGGAUUUGUGGUGACCUUACCGAAUGGCUCUCAGAUCUGUUUCCCCAACCGCUUCUAUUCUGAUAAAUACUCCUACUUCUCCUUUAAUGGUGAUGUUCGCAUCAAAAGCUUUGAGAUUUACUGAGCUUCAUCCCAAAUCUGCAUCCAGCAUUGCUGCUUUUACACAAAAUGAAAAAUAAAAACCUGUGUUCCCUUUGAUCUUAUGAUAAAAGUAGUUUGGUGCGUGCAGAUACCACCAUCAAUGAAAGAUUUCAGUAGAUAAACUUAUCAGAAACCCAAAAAUGUCAAUUUUUUUUUUUGUUUGAAGGUAUGGGGUGUCUUGGGAUUUAAUGAUCUUUUUACCUGUAAAAUCUUUUUAAACAAUUAAAAAUGUAGGCACCUUCAACAAAUCUUUUAAAGUCUAGUUUUCUAUUUGAUUUAUUACCUUAAAUUCAAAUGAUUUCUUUGAGUUGUCUAUUAAAACUGCUUCUUUUUUUUUACCUUAAGUGAGUCCGGUGUUAUAAGGGACAAAGUACAGUUUCUAUCUGGGCCAUAAACAAAUAUGAGUUUGCCUUACUCUUUUUGUCAGAAGUCAGAACUCUGUCUCCCCCUUUCGUUACCAUCGGUAACCAUCUCCAGAGUUCCAACCACACUUCCUGGAUGCCACACACCCGACUCUCAUUUCACUCAAUCAACCACAGCAUACUGAAGCUCUGCACUGAGCUGAGCUCAUUGUGAAGUCUUGUUUGUGCCACUCUGCUGUCAUUACCAUUUGUUAUAGCCGGACCUGUUCCUGCCUGCUUGACCUUGAUUUAGCUUUGUGGACUUUUAGCUGAGCUAAUAAACCUGCUGCAUUUGGAUCCA